ACGUUUGUGUAGAGAAGAGAAUCUUUCUUUUUUUUUUCGAUAUUGAAGACUGGGCUUUAUUGGGCUUUCAUGUUUGUAAACUCAAUGUACUUAUAGUUGAAACAAAAAAGGAAUUUAUUAUAAGAAAAAAAAAAAGAUGUUGUUGUGUCCGUUCAACUAAUAAAAGCCCAAGUACUUUUUUUUUUUGUUGCGUUGGUUAUUUAUACAUUUGCAAAAAAGGUCCCAUAUUUAUUUCCUUUUUCAUUUCUUAUCAAACUUUUGACAACGAUCAUCCAGGUCCCACUCUGCUUCUUAACCAUUCUUUACCAAAAAUCAAUUGUUCUCUCCCUCUCAGCUUCCGAAGUCUUCAUCUUUCUCGACAAUAUCUAAACCUUGUCUGAGAAUCAUUUGAAGAAGAUCUUUCAUCAUCACCGAUCCACUUUCUGAUUUAGGUCAAUGGAACAGACAAAGGAUGAUUCUGAUUUUGAGGAUGAUUGUGAAACGAAGAUGGAGACUGAUACAUCAGCUCAAGAGGCAAGGAAUGGUAAAGACAUACAAGGGAUUCAGUGGGAAGGGUUUAAGUAUAAUAGAGACGAGUUUCGUGAGACUAGGUUGAAACAAUAUGAUAACUUUGUUAAUAUCUUAAGGCCUAGCUCUCGAGAAAAGCUUGAUAAGGAACAUGGGCAAGUAGUUGAGAAAGGAAAGAACUUUUAUGACUUCCAAUUCAAUACAAGGCUUGUCACUUCCACUAUUGUGCAUUUUCAGCUUCGGAAUUUGGUAUGGGCGACAUCUAAGCAUGAUGUAUAUCUAAUGCAAAAUUAUUCACUCAUGCACUGGUCAUCUCUACUCCAGAGAGGGAAAGAAGUACUUAAUGUCGCCAGAUCAGUUACCCCCACUCAGAAACUACCUGGAUUGUUUUCUGAGCCACUCUCUAGGGUGCAAGUUAGCAGCAUGGCAGUCAAAGAAAAUCUGAUCCUUUUAGGAGGGUUCGACGGGGAGCUUCUCUGCAAGUGUGUAAAUCAGCCUGGGGUUGCUUUUUGCACAAGAUUAUCAACGGAAGAUAAUGCCAUCACAAACACAGUUGAUAUAUACCGAGACCCAAGUGGCUCCCUUAGGCUUAUAACCGCAAAUAACGACUGUAAAAUUCGUGUAUUCGAUGCUCAGAGCUUUACACGUGUCAGUGAAUUUGCUUUAGAUUGGUCUGUCAAUAAUACCUCAGUUAGCCCGGAUGGGAAGCUACUCGCUGUAGUCGGGGACAGUACAGAAUGCUUGAUCUCUGAUUCCCAUUCUGGAAAAGUUAUUUCAAGCCUCAGAGGCCACAAAGACUACUCAUUUGCAUCUGCUUGGCACCCGAAUGGUCUAAUCUUAGCAACGGGAAACCAAGACACGGCAUGCCGUCUCUGGGACAUUCGUAACCCGUCAGAAUCAUUCGCUGUCCUGAAAGGAAACAUGGGAGCCAUCAGAGGACUGAAGUUCACACCAGAAGGGCGGUUUCUUGCAAUGGCUGAGCCUGCAGACUUUGUUCACAUCUUCGACACGCAGUCCGGGUUUCUACAGUCCCAAGAGAUUGAUCUGUUUGGAGAAAUAGCCGGGAUCUCGUUCAGCCCCGAUACAGAGGCACUAUAUGUAGGGGUCGCAGACCGCACUUAUGGAAGUUUGCUGGAGUAUAAGAGGAGAAAGGAUAAUCACUAUAUGGACUCCUUUUACUGAGAAAAGGUAAAUGAAAAGUAAAAAGCAUCUAAUAUGUUGUCACAAGAUGGGUUUAACCCUAUUAGUGUGUAUAUGUAGACAGAAUUGGUAGUUUCUUUGGUAAUAUCUGUUAUGUACCCAUAAUAUAUCUUACCAAACUUUAAGUAUGUUUUGUUAAUUGUGAUUGUUUUUACUAUUUAGGGGUCCGAGACUUGUAGAUUAAACAGGCCAUAUACGGCAUUGUGCUUGGGUUUGAGACUCCACAUUUGUCAACAAAACAUCGGCCAAAAGUUGCUACUACUUAGCCACUAUUAGAUGACUGUAUCGCGACCACAUAUACUUGGUCGUAUAUCAGUGCAAUUUUGUGACCAAAUACGAUAGUCGCUACUCGCUAAUAUAAUCGUAAAGUAACGAAUAUAUUUCAUACUGGAAACAAUAGUCACAAAAACAGUCGCUAUUUACUACUCUAAAAAGAAGAUUUAAAUGUUAUU